CACUCAAAAAGAGCUCUAGAAACGAUGCUGGGAUCAGUGGCAUCCAGCCUCGAAGGUGAGCUGGGGGUACUCAAGACGUUGGUAUCAAGUUUGUUGGACGGAUUGGAAAGAAACAUUGAGAGGGACAAAUUGAAGCAACUACUGUUGUACUCACGCCGGUUGUCAUCCUUCAACAGCCGGGCUGUACUUGUACAAGAAUGUUUAGAUGAGAUCCUCGAGAAUGAUCAAGAUAUGGCUAAUGCUUAUCUGACCGAGAAGAUCUUGGACCGAGCCCCACGUGCGCCAGAUGAUCACGAAGAACUCGAACAGCUGUUAGAAUCUUUUUCAAAAUACGUUGAAGAGAUUGUCCAUGAGACUAACAUCAAGAGCACAGAAGAAAUCAUUGAGUUGAUUUUGGACUCAAAUCGGAACACUUUGUUGGCUUUGGACUUGAAAGUUUCGAUUGGUACAAUGGGUCUCGGAACUGGAGCCUUGGUAGCAGGUUUUUUCGGGAUGAAUCUUCGUACCAACUUAGAAAAUGAACCAUAUGCAUUCUUGGGAAUUACGUGUGCUUCAAUUGCUACAGUAAGCUGUGUAAUUGGAUAUGGAUUAAUGAGAUUACAUCGACUUAGGAGAAUUGGAUUGAGUGAAGCUCAAGUUUCGCAAAGAAGUGAUGGUAGUCAUCAAGUGUUACAACACCGCUAUCAACAACAAAGAAAUGGUCGAGUUGGUGGUGUAUUAGACUGGGAUGGAGGUAUGAGAGAUAGUAGUAAGACUAGAAGGUUUUGGUCAAAGUGUAAAGAUUGA